AUGGCCAAAAGGGCGCUACAGCAUGUUCUUGAGCAGACAAUAGGAAAGUACGUCAAGAAUCUCGACGCGGAAAGUCUAAAUGUUGCCGUUUGGAAUGGCAAGAUUGAAUUGAAUUCUCUAGAACUCGACGUAGAAGCAGUCAAUGCAGAGUUGGACCGCAAAUAUGACGAGGCACCCAACCUGACCCUUCCUUUCAAAGUGGUAUCAGGAAGUUUUGAAGCCUUCCAGGUAGAAGUUCCAUGGUCACAUCUUGCAAGCCAACCCGUCAUUUUACGAGCUCGUGGAUUGCGUGUCAUUGUCCAACCUCACAAUAGAAAGGCAAAAGCCAAAACGUUCUACGCAAAUGGAAGUAUGUCACUAGCCAAUGCUAGACGGCAACGGGAUACUUCAGUCGAAUACGCCAACAAGUAUCGAGAACAAACAAAUGCAGUCAAGAAAAUAACCGAGUCGGACCCGAAUUCAAAUCAAUCGACUUUUGGAUCUCGGUUAGUGCGGCGAAUCAUUGAGAAUAUUCAAGUCGAAAUUAGCGAUGUGCACAUAUCUCUUACAGAUGAAGAGGGAUCUGCAGGAGUAGUGCUCAAUUCCCUUUCGCUUGUGACUGCAGACAAGCAUGGUAACCGUACCUUUGUCGACAGAACCAAUGCCCCAGGAUCAACAGCCGACAAGAUCUUCCUCUUUAAAGUUCUUCAACUAGAAGGGCUUGGUAUCUAUCUGGAUGAGAAGAACGUAACCGAAGAAGCAAGAAGGUUAGAUGCCAUCAGUGAAGGUGGCGGGCAACACAAGCGCACAGGAUGGCGACAACAAGUCCAACAUUCGUACGUGUUGGCUCCUCUUUCUUUUACCGCCAAUCUCCGCCAGGCAGAUGGAAAUGUCUGCAUCGAUUACUCCAAAUAUCUACUUUCUAGUGAGUUGUCGACGGUAUCGAUUAUACUCUCCCGAAAUCAGCUCGACCUGGCACGAAAAAUUUCCAGAGAUAUCACAUUGAUGGAGCUUGGACCAACCCCGUUGUUUCCAGAAUACCGACCACUUGCUCGGGUGUCACCAGUAAAUGCCAAAGAGUGGUGGAGAUACGCCAAGCGGUGUAUCGGUCGAAUGAGUGGACGAAGCUCGUGGGUAGAGUUCUUUUACGCCUUCAAGAAACGAAAGGCAUACAUUCCGCUGUACAAACGACAUGUUUACAGUGAUACGUGCUCUUGGAUUGAACCUCUGUCGACGACCGAAUUAUUCGAAAUGAAUGAAAUCGAACACGAUCGGACGAUAUCCAUCGAAGGGUUGAUGUGCUGGCGAGACUUGGCAGACGCUCAGGUCGACAGAGAAAAGUCAAAGCUCGAAGCGCAACUCAAGGGAAAAGAACAGUCAUCGUAUUUUGGUUCAGUUUUUUCGAGUCGAGGAAGAAGGUCGAGUACAAUGCAGCAGCCCGAUGAAGAUGCCCCGCCAAUUCAAUUGACCGAUGAGGAACUGAAAGAGUUGGAAGAAGUUGCGAAGGAGAGCUUUGCCGAUGAUGAACUUUCCAAAGAUUCCAAGCUUUAUGACGCGAGCUUUGUGCUGAAUUCGCUGAAUAUUGUAUUGACAUCUUAUCACUCGCGGCAACUAGCUGCUUUGGACAUGGGCAAAGUGGAUAUCGGGUUCAAUGCCAGACAGGAUGGUGCUUAUGCCUUCAACUUUGAUCUCUUUGACUUACAGAUUCAAGAUCGAGCGACUGUGAGCAGUCUCUUUCCGAACGUAUUGCGAAAUAUUCAAGAGCAAGACAAGGGGGCGGCUUUGCAAAAGAAAAGUGCAGUCCAUUUGGAGCUAGCGAAGUCAAAGACGGGAGACCAAAAUCUUCAGCUGAGAGUUGCCGCAUUUGAGGCUGUUGCGUCACAGGUAUUCUUCAGCGAGCUCAAGAGAUUUGUCGCUGCUACUCCGACAACUUCAGCGAAAAGAGGAAACCCUAUAUUAGCGCAGUCGCUAUCAGGAUCAGUCGACCUAUUCUAUGAUGCCGACGCUGGCAAAGAUGAGAAAGCACGUGACCCGAUCACAGAUACUAUCAUUUCGACCCAAGAUAUCUAUGGCUACGACUUUUCCCAUGCCCUUAUCGACGCAUGGAAAGAAAAGACAGAAACUAAGGUGUCCUGGGUCGUGGACGUGGAUAUUGACGCUCCAAUCAUCAUGGUCCCACAGACGUGCAAUGAUACUAGGGCCAACAUAGUCGUUCUGGAUCUGGGUCAGUUACAGCUGCACUAUGGAAAGUUUGCUCCGACCAAGAAAGUAAAGCAGUGGUUUCAAGAUCAUCAGGCUGAUCAUCAAGCUGACGUGUCUUUCGAGAGUGGAUUUGUUUCCAUGAAUGAUUUGACCUUUAAAGUCGCUUCGGCCAGCGAUUGGUUGGAGGGCGGCGGUGCUGUCGGUUCCAUCUCCGGGUCGGAUGUCAUUGAACCUAUCUCGGCAAAACUUGACUUUGGAAUCGAGCAGAGUCAUAACCCACUUGAUCCACCUCGUAUCUGCUGUAUUGGCGUGAUUCCGUCAAUCAGCAUUCUCUUCUCCCCAGUACAAGGAAAGAAACUGUUUCCAGUGGUCAGGGCAUGGGGAGAUUUUACGAGUGAAAUGAAGGCCGAAACAGAAGCUCUCGUACCGGCGGAAUCUGUCGCUGACGAUUCCAUGUCCGUGGUAGCAGAUAAUGGUGCUCAAGCACAACUGGAAGUAGAAACAGCCCUACCUGAUCCGUGCAAAACAGACGAAGAGUACCUCGCUACGUUUUUUUUCAAGAUUGGGCUUCAGCGCCUUUCCGCAACUUUCACAUUAGAUGAGAGUAACAGAUUGGAGGCUCAUCUCAUAUCAGUGCAUGCUUCAACAACAAUGCGAUCAAACGGAAGUUCUUCAAGCAGCCUGCAAAUGGGUUGGUUUUGGGUGCUUGAUUUGCUGGAAAGUGAAUUCACGAGGAAACAAAGGUUGCUAGCGCAUUCAAAUCUGACGAAGGAUCCAAGCUUAUUUGCUGAGGGUGAGAAAUAUGAUAUGCUAGAUCACUUGGUGCAGCAGGGUGUAUUUGAGGAGGAAUACGCUGGAUCCACAGAUCUCGCAGAUAUUUCGUAUGAGCAAUUGGUAUCGGAAUAUGGGAAAGCGAGAAUGGAGAAUAGCGUCGAUCAGAUGCUAGAUGCGAGGUUUUCAAGUUUAUUCAUCCAUUGGAACCCCCAGGCUAUAAAAGCUGUAACGGCGAUGCUCGAUACUUUCGUUACUAUCAUGAAUGAUCACGGGGAUACUGGAACGUUCAUUCUUUCCGCCGAUACACCAUUUACACCUCGCAAUAGAGGACCUGCUGGUGAUGUCGCUGCUAAUGCACCGACGGACAAACUACUCAUCAAAGCCAAAAUGGAAAGUUUGGAUGUGUACCUCAACUCUGCUCGUGAUGACCUUCCACUUUUUGUCCUGACCAUUGCACGAGGAAACAUUGAUAUCCUUUACACUCAAGAGAACAUUGAGUGUACUUCGAGUCUAGGUGACUUGAGGUUGACCACACCUCAAAGUUCAGGACGCACCUUGCCGGUUUAUAGAACUCUUCUUGGAUUGGCCCCUGGUCUUUCAGAAAGUUUGCUUACUGUGAAAUAUUGCCAAGGGAGAGAAGCCAUAGACCACCUUCGUCUGAAUGUCCCACAGGAUCCCAAAAAAUUGGAGGCCUUUGCUGAUGUCGUCCUAUCGCCAAUGCGAUUUGUGUUCAUCCAGUCACAGAUAUUUGUUUUGCUUGAAUACAUUACGGAAGGUAUCCUAGGAGUAAUUUUCGAGCGAGCAGCGGCAACAGCGGCGGAAGCAGCAUUGGAACUUGCCAACUCGGUCGCCGGAAAGAAACUUUUCAUCAUUAAAGCCACUUCUUUCGACUUGAUCCUUCCGCAAGCGGCGUACAGGGAGGAGUUCUUUAUUAUAACUGCAGGGAGUUUGGAUGUCAAUUAUCUCAUGCAUGCAGACACCAGAAGUGAUGUUACAGUGGCUCUUUCUGAUGUUAUUCUGAAGGAUACCCUUGGCGAUCCUAUGCAAAAGCAUCCAAUCCGACUAGCCAUCGAUAUUUUGCUUCCGCCUGCGAAUGUUGGAAGUGUGAAAGAUCAAGCGAUGCGAGCUGAUAUCAGAAUCGCUGAAGUAAGUUUCUUGCUUUCACGAAACCAGUAUGCGCAGAUUCUUCAUAUGCAAGAUGAAAAUAUAGCCGAGUUGGGUCUUUUUCUCCGCGACAAUGAAGACGUCCCAUCUCCAAACGGCGAAGGCGUGGGGCAAGAGAAAGAUAGCUCACAGCCCGCCAAUGAUCUUACUCACGCCGGAGUCAAAUUUGUUGACUAUGCGCGAAACAAAUUCAUCAAGAUUAAGAUGGAUAUCAUUACCCUUCAACUGUGUGGUACAAACCAUACAGAACCUCUUGUUCGGCUUGCAGCAGUUAACACCGAUGUAGCUGUGCAAUCCCUUCUCGAUCGCGACGAAUUAAUGUGCCAUAUUACACUGAGCAACUUAGUUUGCGAAGACAGUCGAGCAGUGGCUACGCAUCGACAAUAUCGUCACUUGAUAGACCAGGGAAAUCGGCAGGGGGUCGAUGAUGAAGAUGACUUAUUCGUUGUGACUUAUACAGCUGGGGCUGACUUCACUCGAACAGAGCUUGAAAUUGGAUCCCCGCAGCUCGUGCUAGUCCCCGAUGCGAUAUCCGAAGUUGUCACUUUCUUUCAAGUUGAACGAAAAAAUCAGAUCCACCCCUCUUUGAUGAAGAAGUUGGAGGAGCAAGCUAAUCCGGGAAAGCAGGAGGCAGUUGACGUCACUUCAAGUGAUGGCAGCCAAAAUGUCGAAACAGCAAUUGCAACUGUGAAAAGACCUUCCGUUUUUUACAAAUAUACCUAUGCUGUGAAAACACAAGUUUGUAGUAUUGUCUUGGUGGACCUUGGUAGCGAACUGUCGAGUGAGGGGAAAAGUGAUGCCAAGCAACCCAGUCAGCUGACUGAAACUGUGGUUUUGCAGGGUGUCUUUGAUGCGGCACUGACAAUGGAUACCGACCCAAUAAGCUACGAAAUAAUCAAUGCCGGAUUACAAAGUCAAGCUGAUGCUAUGGAGAUUUUCAGUGCUUUUGGCAAAGAAAUGCUGAGUCCUCUGCAGAUUCUUGAGCCUGCACAAGCUGCAGCUCAUGGAUCAAUGAAAACUAAUGUCGAUGGUGGAACAGAAGUAGAGAUCCGAGUUGCUGCUACGACAGGUUUGGAAUACUCCUUUUCGAUGCACAAUGCAGCUCUAUUGGAUGCGAUCUUGAAAAGCUUGAGCUCGUCGUUGUAUGCCGGCAGCGACAUGGGAAAUGAUAAUGCUAAUGUCAAGGAACUAAGCUCGAACGAGGCAGAGCGGAUAGAAAAACUAUCUUCUGCACUCGAGGAGACCGACCGCAACAAAUCGAUUGAUCAUCAGAGGAGCAAUAUUAGUCAACUACCUGUUGACGAAAUAUCAGCACAUCUUUCCCCAGAAGGCGCAGUGAAGAUUGCGAAGAAAAUUCAGGUGAAGGUUACCAUGCCGCAGUCAAGAAUCACAGUAAUCAAUGACUUGCAAGGCUUGGACGAGGCUUUGUUCCGCGUCUCCGUUGCAAACUUUGUUGCUGGUGGCGAGGUUGUCGUUCCAAUGGGCCCAAAUCCUACGGAGCAAAUGACUGUUGACUUUUACAUGAAUACUACGAUUCUUGCGGACUAUUUUGAUUCAUCCAUCAACCUUUGGAGCAAGCUUCUCAUCAUGCCAUGGGAAAUUACUUUGAAAGUAGUCAGAUCAUCGAGUCGCCGCUUCAAGUCUUCAAGGUUAAGUUCAGCAAUCGACCUUGAGAGCUUCCCGUGUCACAUUUCAUUUUCACAAGAGUUCCUCGUGAGUCUUGCCAGUGCAACGCGAAUGUGGUCAGUAUAUUCUGUCGCGACAUCAAAAAGCGUUCUGACCAGAGGCAGGAAGGGGGAUAGUAGCGCAAUAAGUGCGAAAGAAAGUAUGGCGGCAAGCGCUGCAAGAAACCUGCUUACCUCUCUUCCAUAUGCAAUCGAGAACCAUUGUGGAUGUGAUGUAGUGUUCUCCUUGCCGGAGGGAAGUGUAUCUCGGCGCGAAUGCCCAACUGGAUCAAUUCAAUACUUUCGGUUCCAGCCGCCACAAGGAAGAGGCUAUGGUGGCAGAAGGAUGUAUGGUCAAGAUGUCGAGUUUGAGAAGUCGGUGACAUUGUCGAUUGGUGAUUCUGAAAUAGAGAUUCCUCAUCUUGACGGCAUGCUGGGGUCUCGGAAACAUGUGCACAAUCUGUUGGAUGGUAGAGUGCUAGUCACAUUUGUUUUUCGAGAAGGUAAAACAACGGUACUGCAUUUGACAAGUAAUGUGAGUGUUUUCAAUCACUCGUCCAUCCCUUUUGCCAUUUCGGUUGGAAUGGACGAUCCAAAGAGCAUCGGAACCUGCAUCGCGCAUAAUGAAGUGAAGACGAAUACUGCGCUAACGGCUACAGACGGUGUUGCAACAAAGCAAUCAAGUCGAUUCAGUGUCCCAAUGGACUUGCUUACAACCUUUUCGAAAGAGUGGGCUGAUACUGGCCAAUCUUCAGUAUUUCUUCGCCUUUCUCCCAAUCUGAAAUUAUCAGAACCCUCUCAGACUUUGCGCGGAGGUCUUGACAUCGUUCCUCAUUUGCGGGAGGUUUCGAAAUCAGACAAUAAAUGCCAUGUCUGUAGAUUUGAUGUGACUUGUCGAGGGGAGACAGCUGCUACAGAUCGCACGGAUCCAUUUAUCGUGCAAGUGUUGUUGCAAACAACUCUAAUCGAUGACAGAAGCAUCUAUAUUGAAGUCUUCCUGGAGCCUCGAGCUGUGAUUGAGAAUUUGUUUCCAAUUGGUAUCAAUCUUCGGAGUCCGAUGCCGCAUACCUUCAGCUCCGCUACAAGAGAGACCGUAUUGGGCAACGAUGUCGUGUACGACUUACAGCCAGGGGACCGUAUUGAAGUGUUUACACCAGGCCCAUCGAUUGCAGUCACAAUGAAACCAACAGACAAUCCAAUUGCUGGCUCCUCCUUGACAUGGAUGGAUGGUGGUUGGAUUGACCUCCCGCUGCUAUCUGAGUUCCGCUUGCCGGAACCGAUGGCUUGUUAUUUCCCUUUCACAGAAUUUCACAGCGAGGGUGAUGCUUUUCAGCAACGCCGAAGCGAAUUCUUCAUUGCAGAAGGUUACGAAAGUUUGGAAUUGCUUUCAGAGGCCAAGACGGGCAAGACAACGAGGAUGUCGAAGAUGCAACCAGUGAUGCGGGAGGUUUCACUUGCUGACCCCCUGAGAUCAUUUCUCAUCACAGUAUGCUGUUACGGUGUGGAUCACACUGGUGAUAUCCUGUUUGAAUUGGUUCCAAACAGAGGUAGGCGCAACCAAGACAACGGAGAAGGAAAACGAUCAAGGAAGGAAACGAAUCAUUAUCAUCCUUUCGGGGCAUUUUCCUCGGAAAGUGGCUGGAGACGAGUGACUAUGCUCCCAAGAACAAACUCAACGCUGCGACUGCUGCAGUUGACAAUGGAAGGUGAAGCGGGAUACAGGGCGACAAUGCCUUUUGCAAUGGACGAUUUGGCGAUUGGUGAAGGCGGGGUCGAUACGACACCAAUCCUCUGGGAGAACAAGAAACGAAGCGGUUACUUUGCGUAUCGCCGAAUCAUCAACGAGCAUCAAUCAGAGAUCCACAUCGUUCCUGAGUUCAUGGUUUUCAACGGAAGUAACGAGAUGGUGGUCAUCAUGGAACGAGGAAUGGAAGACAUCGUCAUCGAAGCUGGUCGAUCUGUCCCAUUAAAAUGUGUGUCUAGAAUGGGAGGCCUAGAACUUGCUCUAAACUUUAUUCAAGCAGAAAAUAGAACGAAGUACAUUCGAGUGGAUCAACUCGGCAUCAAGAUGGAGUUUGUCCACUCUUUAGCCGGAGCAAGGGUGGGCAGUGUUUGUGUCCAAACUGCUUUGGAUACGCGGGCCGACGCCCGUUUGGUGGUGAAAAUCGGAGAUGUCAUGUCGGGAUCAAAGGCAACUGCUUCAUCUUCAAUGAUUCCUUCAUUUCUUGCUGAUGAUUUUAUCCGGUUUCGUGUCCGAUGGACUGAAUUGCAACUCAUCCUUAACGAGAGUCAAGAACAAAAAACACGAAAACUUUUACCAUCUCACGCCGCUGCAUCAUCAGUCGCAAUCCGAUCGAAGGCCGUGGAAGGAAAUGAAGUUGAGAUUGUGCAACAAAGAUUGAUGUCUGUCAACUUUUACCGUUUCACCGUUGACUUCCAGCGCGUAUUCAAGGAUCAGAAGGCGAAACACGAAGGUCUGGGGAUGCCUUCUCCAGAGCGAUGCCAAAUGUCGAUGAUCAUACACCAACUUCAAGUGAAGGAUCUGACUCCAGAUUCAUCAUACCCUAUCGUAUUUGAUAGUUCAUCAGAUGCAAACUUCAUUGAUUUGUGUGUUCGGACCCGAGGUCCAUUGGACGCAGAUAUUGUCAAAGUUGAUCUAUUUGAUAUUUAUUUGGCUCACUCGAAGGGCAAGUCGGAAAGGAUACAACUGACUACAUCAGAAGAGUACGUCUGGAAAAUCAUCGACAUGAUGAAUCGGAUUAUCGAAGCCAGUAGCGAGGUUGGGGGUUAUAAUCUGGUGUUGAAAGAGGACGAAGACCACGGGGGGUACAUUGUUAGGAUCGAAAGUGGAGACGACGAUAGCGACGAAAAGGCGCCGUAUACAACUCCUCAAUUCGAUCAGCUAUAUGAUGUGGAUUUGGCUCGAGUCUCUCCUUUCGCAUUGCUGGUCAGUUUCCGACGAACUCCCGACGAAUCUCGAUAUAAGUUUGCCCGACAUGUGAGAGGUGCCGCACUCACGAACUACUUUACUCGAAAGUUGAAGUUUUCGAUCGACAAGGCCGAGUUGAGAUUCGCAAGAUACGAGAACAAGAGACUCAAAGGUCCACCAGAUCGAUUGGUCGAGUCUCUUGGAGCUGUCUAUGCUUCUCGCAUGAAGUUCAAGGUACUGACACUGCUUUCAUCAGCCAGUCUUCAAGACUGGAGAUUCUUGGCAGCAAGAGACAACGGUGAUGACGAAUACGUGGAUGGUGAUAUCCUGCGGGCAACUGGCAAUCUUGCUGGAAAGUCAGCUAGUAUGGUUAUGAGAAAUGUUGGGCGAGGGAUUGGUAAUGGCGUCUCCAACAUCACGAAUCAUCUCGGAGAUGGUAUUGAGGGUGCCACUGGAAAGAUUGGUGCCAGGAAACUCGGAAAAGGGGUCAACAGUGUCAUCAGUGGUGUCGGUGACGGCGUGGGAAACACAUUGACUGGAGUUGGUGGUGGCACUGGGAAGGUGCUGAGGGGCGCUGGACAAGGCAUUGGCCAUGUUGUCGGUGGCGUUACUGGGGGUGUCUUUUCCGUUGGCAAAGGAAUUGGUAAAGGAAUUAUGAAAGGCGACGGCAGAGCUGUGAGGGAUGGAUUUGGAAAGGGAGCCAACCAAAUUGGUGGUGGACUGGCCCAAGGUGCCGAAUCGGUUGUGAUGGGCACUGCAGAUGGUGUGCUGAUGGCCGGCAAAGGUAUCUUUAAAGGUGUCAAGAAUGUCGGCAUGGGAUUUGGAAAUGCAUUCAAUGGAGGAAAGAAGAAGAAGGACAAUCAUCCCAAGCGAUGA